AUUCCAACCUCCUAGAACCUUCUACUACUCUGCCUUCGGAUCCUCAAAACCCCCUCUUACCCUUCUUCUACCAAAUGUACCAAUUCUCUUUCCUUUGAAGAUCCCUAAUCCCAAUUCUCACCGUUUCACUUCAAUCCAAUUUCUUAACCAUGUCCCGCGAUUCCCCAACCAAACUUGGUCCUGGUUUCCGAUUCCACCCCACCGACGAAGAGCUCGUUCGGUUCUACCUCAAGCGCAAGGUCACCGGAAAACUACGCCGUUUCGACUACAUCGCCGUCGUCGACGUCUACAAGUUCGAGCCGUGGGACCUUCCCUGUAAGUCGAAGCUGAACACGAGGGACUUGGAAUGGUACUUCUUCAGCGUGCUGGACAGGAAGUACGGAAAUGGUUUCAGAACCAACCGCGCCACCGAGAAGGGUUACUGGAAGACCACCGGAAAAGAUCGCCCCGUCAUGAAUGGCCACCGCACUGUCGGAAUGAAGAAAACCCUCGUUUACCAUCUGGGUCGGGCCCCACAUGGUGCUCGCACCAACUGGGUCAUGCACGAGUACAAGCUUGUUGAUGAUGAGCUGGCUCAGGCUGGAGUUGUUCAGGAUGCUUUUGUGCUGUGUAGGAUUUUCGAGAAGAGUGGUGCUGGUCCCCAGAACGGGGCCAAAUAUGGCGCUCCCUUGUUAGAGGAGGAGUGGAGUGAUGAGGAUGAGGAGGUGGAGGUGGCUCCCUUUCUGGCUGAUGAGGUUUUGAAUGCGGUGUCUGAUGGUGCAUAUGUUGAAACGGAUGACCUUGAACAGAAGCUUGAUUUGAGUGAUGCAAUUGGAGGUGCUGGUUUUCCAUCAUCAAACUUCUAUCAUGGGGAGUGUAGUAGCCAUCCUGAUCAUUCCCAAGUAUUUAUUACAGAACCGAAGCCAUUGGAUAUGGCUGAGCAACAUGGUAUGAACACCAAUUCUGUGAUAGAUGGAGACAAUGGUGAACUGAAUCCUCUGAAUUUCAAUGGCACGUUUGAUGAUCUAGAUCUAUACUUGGAUGCUGCUGAUUAUCUUCCGAUUGUUGAUGAUGGAUCAUUCUUGGAAACCAAUGAUCUUGUGUUUCCGACAGAGGGUAAUCCCACCCAGGUUGAUAUUUCUGGGACUGAUAUGAUGGAAGAGUAUCUUGCAUACCCUGAUGAUGAUAUUUCCAAGUAUAUAUCUUUUGAUCUUCCUCAGAAUACUGAGUGUGAAAACUCUGUUCCCAACCAAGGAUCACCUUUCAUCCAGCAGAAUGUGGAAGGAGAAACCACUGAUAUGUCCGGGGCAGUCAAACAUGAAUUUGAAGCGGAAUCUAGCAAUGAAGCUUCUUCAAGCAAGAAUGCACAAGAGUCCAAAUUUCUUUCAGGAAAUACAAAUCAAUUUGUAAAGCAGGCCAAUAAAUGGUUGGCCAGCAUACCUGCUGCUCCCGCAUUUGCUUCGGAGUUUCCUUCUAAGGAGAUUGCUCUUGCUCAGUCUUCCAACUCAGCUCAUAUAACUGCAGGUAUGAUCAGCAUAACAGACAUUACAUUAAGAGGCAAUGGGAUGGAUUGGACGAUGGGCAAGAAUGGAGGGUUUAACGCUAUAAUAUCUGCUGGGUUUUCUGAACCCAAUGUUAAUUCUGCUUCUUUGAUGCCAAUUUCUGGCUUGGUCUCUAGCAAGACCGCAUUUGUCUUGUCACAUGGCUGGAUUUUUGUGAUGGGUUUCUCGGUUCUUGUUCUUUCACUGAGUUUCAAGAUUGGAAGCAUCAUGUAUACUGGUAAAUGACAACUAGGAUACGUUCGUGUGAGAGAAUGAGCUGCUGUCAGUAAAGUAUCGUUUAGUGUUUGAUGGUACUCAUUCAACGACUAGGAUCCCAUGACUUUGUAGAUUUAUGGUACUUUAGUCAUAUUGAUCUAUACAUUUUUCGUUGUAACUUAUACGCCAGCAUUUUUUAGAGUGCCGAUAGAUAGAAUAAUGUUGUCUUUAAAGCAAUUCGUAGUAUAUUGUUGUUACUAUUUACUUCCAAUGCUCUUAGUGAUAGACGCAAAGUUCUGACUGAGAGAGGUUUUUCAGUAUUUAAGUUGGACAUGUAGUUUGUUUCACAAGGUAGACGUACAAGGGCCAUUUGUCCCUGGUCUUGUUCUCAUGGGAGUAGAUUCUUUCAUGUAUAUGACAAUUUGUUUAAAUUGUGUUUAUACCUCUCCUUAUAAGACUCUUAACUAUUAUGGCUUAUUUGAUGUUUAUCAUUAGAAAGAAAUUUUAAAUACGAUUUUAUUAUGU